AUGUCAUUAAACAUCACAGUUUCCAUGGAAGAGGUUAAUCUUGACCUACGUAUGAAAAUACUUACCGUUGUCGAGUUGGGCUAUGGUAUUCCAUCUUUCAUUUGCAUGGUUGCUUUUUUAGUUAUGAUGGGAUCGUCAAAAGUGUUCAAAAGCUCAUUUUACAGACUAGUACAAUUGGACUUGUUAACAAACAUUUUACUCUACUUGAACACAUGGAUUGCUCUUAGACUGGAGUCUCAACCGUCUUGUAUCUUUCUUUUAAAAUCAAUUGAAGAGUUGCUACCUGGAUUUUUGACAUGGUGUAAAUAUCUUACUUGGUGGUUUUUGCACAUUCAAUUUCUAUCAGCAUGCUCGUUGAGUGCUCAUCGAAUAUCAUCGUUUUGGUGGCCAACGAUUUAUGAAAUGUUCUGGUCUCAAUAUUAUGUGGCAUGCGGUCUUGCAUUUGUAAUCUACAGUUUCAUGCCAACUCUCAUCUGGCACGAGUUCGCAGUAGAGGUAUCAAUUGAAAACGGAAUUCUCAUGAAAACUUUACGUCCUACAACAAUAAUGUUUGCGUUGAAUGUUACGGCUGGAUUCUCUACAGCAUAUUUUAUUAUUAUUUCAGUUUUGGGAAUUACAACAGCCUACAUUGUAUAUAAAAUGGAGAAAUCGCUCUCCGCUAUUUAUAGCAAAGUUGCCAAGAAAUUGACCAAGAUCGCAUUUACCUAUAGUGCUGUAUAUCUUGGAAUUCUGUUUUGGACUGUUGCCACUGCUUUGAAUUUUUAUAUUGGUGUAAUUCCAGACUUGAUCAUGGAGAUAAAUAACACAAUUAUGGUGUUUUGCUCGGGUUUGAUGACACUUUCUCUCCCAUACGUUUUAUUAUUCUUUGAUACAAAUGUAAAAAAGCAGUUCUUUCCGAAAUCAGCUACUACAGAUAUCACAUUGAUUAGUUCGCCUUCAGUUCCUUAUAACUAG